UCUAGCAGGAGAUUAAAAAAUAUAUAUAUAUAUAAAAAAAUGCUAAUCUGAACUGCUUGAGUGUCAUUUGUCCUCAUAAAGAGAACAUGAAACCUGUAUGAACUUUCAGACACUGUAUCCUCCACUAGGUGGCGCUCUUUCAGUGUGAUUAAAGUGAUAUUCAGUCAGUGGUGAUGGAGGGAGGAGCCAGUAAAGCUGUUCAUUACUGAUAAAGAUCUGAAUAAAGAGGAAGUAACUAAAGCAGACAGAUGUAGAGACAGAGAGAUUCACACAGAGAUCAUUCAGCAGAAAGAAGACUGAACUCAAGUCACAAUGAAGAUCCUCCUCAUCUUCUUCACUUUCUACCUGAUCUCAGCUGCAGUAAAAUAUAUUGAUGUGAUUGGAUAUUCUGGAGGAAGUGUUCUUGUUGAUUCGGGGCAAUUUUGGUACAGUAACUCUGUUAAAUAUAUGGCCAAAUUACCUGAGGGGAGAACAAUAAUAAAUGAUAAGAAACAUGAUAAAUGGAUAACUGAAGGAAGAUUUACACUGUUUACACAAAACAAGGGAAACCUCAUGAUCUACAUCAGAGAACUAAAAAAACAUGAUGCUGGAAAAUACCGGAUUUGGGUUAAUGGCCAGUUGUCCAUCACUAUGACUCUGAAUGUGAAUGAAGAUUCAUGUUGUGGAGUGUCAGAGACAGUGAACGUGAAUAGUGCAGAAACUGCUUCUUUCAACUGUAAAUAUUCAUGGAAUCGAAGGUUGGCAAGGAAGAUCAUAUUUAAAACAGGAAAUAACAUAAUUUAUGAGGUUAUCUCCACUAGUAACCAACAGGAUCAGAAAGAAAGACUGAGCAUUUAUGAUACCAGACAGAAUCUCUUCACUGUGAUAAUCACUGCUGUGACACCAGAUGAUGGAGGAGUUUAUUUAUGUGGAGUUUGGAUCUACAGACAUUCGUACAGUUACUCCAUUAUUAGCACAGUUCAUCUACAUAUUAGUAAUAAAUUGAAUGUGUAUAAAGUGAACAGCUACUCAGGAGGUCGUCUGAUGAUCAAGUGUGAACAUCCUCAAUACAAAACCAAACUAAAAUACAUCUGUAAAGAAUCAGACGGAUGUUCAGAGAGGAAGAGUCCAGGAGUUCAGGAUGAAUGGAUGGAGAAUGGAGAUGUUUCUUUAUAUAAUGACACCAGAGCAGGAGUCUUGAUGGUGUUUUUUAGAGAGCUGAAAGCUGCAGAUGCAGGAACAUACAGGUGUGGAGUGAAACAAUCUGACUAUACUGAGAGCUUCACUGAACUACAACUGAGCGUCAAACACGAUGCAAAAUAUCCAAAGAGAGUGACAGAAUAUGCUCCUUUUGGUGAAAAAGCCAAUAUCUCCUGUCAGCUUCCAGAGAAACAUGAAGUUCAUUUCUGUAAAGAGGAUAAUAAUCACAUCUGCCAGAACAUCAGCUCAUCUAAAGUGACAGAAAUGAGUGGUUCAUCAGAGCGAAAUGAAGAGAGAGUUGUUACAGUGAGCAUCAUUAAUGUGAGUGUGAGAGAUGCUGGAGUUUACUGGUGUGGAGCAGAAACCAGAGACACAUAUCUGACUUUCAUCUCCCUGACCACUAAAAUUCAGCUCAACCUCAUCAGUGAGUUCAUUCACAUGAAUCACAACAGCUGAUUUUCCACUGUCUAGGCCAGUGCCUGCCAGGGCUAACAAUGGCUUCACACCUAAAGCUGGGUUUCCACUGUUGGACUGUAAGACCCACCCUUAACAUGCCUCUCUAAAGCAAAUGUCACACAACCCCAGCAUUUUACAAGCGAG